CCCACCCAAGGAUCUUGCCAAAAAAUGCUUUUGGGCUCAAACAUUGCCCCCAGGCCCCGAAAUCAGGCCCGUGAAGAUGUAACUGAUUGAAGGGGACAAAAACGACGCAUCGGUCGCUUGAAACGAUGUCAUUAAUGAAGGUCGCGUCCCUUCGUUUGCAAAACGCCUUUCUGUCGUAUCGUUUCCUUCACAAAAUUCCUUACUUAAACCCACGACCGCAAGACCUGUCACAUCAGAAACCCUUCCAGUCUCUUAAACCCAGAAAAACCCAUUUCUUCCGAUAUCUCCUUCGCAGAAAUCUAGAAACGGCUCCCCCGAAGAAAAUAGUCAUCGAUCAAGAGGAAGAGUUAAACAAAAAAGUCGCCCAUACUUGGGGGACCAACAUCGGUGCCCGCAUUCAUCUCCAAACAUCUAUCCAUCGACCCCUGCUCCUUCGAUUCUCCGACCACCAAACCGGACUGGGGCCAACCCCACAAGAUGCUAUUCCAGCCGAUGCUAUCGCUCUCUACGGCCUACCCGUCCGGCGGCCUAUUCCAGUCCUUCGAAGGACUCCUGGAGAUUUCAGUAGCUGGGUCGCCCAAAACCAUCGAGCCAAAAUAGGGCAUUGGCCGUCCUCCAUUAGUUCAGCGGAGACCUCUUGGUAUCGCGAAACGCGGGCGCGGGAUCUGGCUUGCUGGAAUGCAGCAGGUAUCACACACACCAUCGAUCUAUGUUUCCAUCUUCCACGCGGUGGCAAUCGUUCGCUGCUCGCUGCCUUUCUUUGUUUCUGGAACACCGCCACCAACACUUAUGACUUUAGAUUCGGUCAAAUGAGUAUCACCUUGCUGGAUAUUCUUGCCAUCACUGGCUUGCCCAUCGAUGGCGAGCCCUAUUUGCAUGGUCAAUUUGAUUCUGUGAACUUCACCUCGACCAUGACCCAACACGGUCGCAGCGCCCAUAGUGGGUCCUACCCACGAUGGUUGGCGUAUUACAGCAGGGAGCACAAUGCGACCGGUGGAAUCGCUUUUCUGGAGUACUGGCUUUGCAAAUUUAUCUUCUGCACCUCCUCCUGCAAGCCUACUGGUACUUGGACUCUUCUGGCGACGGCCCUCUACAACGGCUGCAACGUCGGGCUCGGGCAACCGGUACUAGGAGCCCUCUACCGCAUGUUAUAUCAAGCCACGAUGCAUCCAUUUGAGACUAGCAUGUCUGGCCCCUUUUGGGUCUUGGACUUCUGGAUCCAAACUUACUUUCCAUUCUUCCGUCGUGAUGACAUCCCGCUACUUCCGCCGGCCGACCAACUCCUGGGUCAGUGGUUCAGUCGCGAGGGAAGGUACUCAUCCCCUCCUUACACAGAGUGUUUUUCUUACCUGUACCUCCUGGAUGAGAUGCCAUACUGCGAUAUAAUUUUGGAUAGAAGAUUCCCACCUUUACUUGAAUAUGGCUUCCUUCCCGGCGAUCCUCGCUACAGUGAUCGCAUGCGCUUGGUCUUUCGCCGCGCGAUCUCCUGCUCAGAUAUCAGGAUCGCUGCUGAAGAACUUAGUUAUGAGCUUUACGCUCCUAACCAUUUCACUCGCCAAUUCGGCCUCGUCCAAUUGGUGCUAUUUCCUCUGUACGAUGCUUGGAACUACAACACUUCUUGGCAUAGAUUCGGGCCCCCUACCGGGCCUGUACCAGCACAAAGCAUGCUCGCACUGGUUGAUCUUCCUGACUGGGCUCAGGUUAUUGACGCCGUGGACAGGACUGAGGAAGGAUAUGAAGCAUGGUGGGAAGAGGUCUCCGUUAAUUGCUGGACUCAGCGGGAUGAUGAACUCUUUGCGGCCAUCUUCGGAGAACUGCAAAACCCUUAUCCUGCCGAUGUUGAAAUGCUCGCUCGCUUUUCUGAGGACGCUACACGAUUCCAGCCUCUUCCGGCAACACAACCGGCGCGAGCCCCUCGCCCAGCCCAGGGUGGUAUCGUAAUCCGCGAACCCCCUCUGGAGGGAAGCGCGCCACGUUCUGGCAGCCGCACAAUCCGCGCUUCCCCGGCCGUUGACCAGCCUGGAAAGCAGAAAGCGGUGAUCGCGGAGCCUGAAGUUGAAGAUUCCUCCUCUGACGAUGAUAAUCCGCAGACCGUUGCCGCUGCUUUGGCUCGCAAGCGCAGCCGGUCGGACCCUGGCACUGACCCAUGGGAAGAGGAUGAACCAAUCGCUAAUCGACUGGUUCGUCGUCGGUCCUCUGGACAAACUGGGGAAGGCUCUUUGGUUACUGGUGAGGGGACAUCUGCCUCGCAGGCCCAAGCACCCACGGAUUCGAGUAAUCUUCCACCUCCUGCCAGCGCCGUGAGCGUCGCGCAAUUGGCCUCAAUUCCAGUGCAGGUCAUAGACGACAGUUCGCCCGAAUUGGAAGAAGGAAUAGCCCCUUUAGACGCGCCGCCUGAGGAACCGAUCGCCGCACAACCCUUAACGCAAAUAGUGCUUAAUCCCUUUCCUGAUGAAGCAGCUCAAGAGCCUGCACCGAUAGCAAUCCUGCACGAGCCUUCGGCUGCAGAGAGUCCUAAUCCUGUCGGGGAAACAGCUAUUGAUGUGGAGGUACCUGUCGCUGAUCCAGCAGACCCAAUCGGUGAAGAUAUGGUGAUCCAGGAGCCUGCUCCCCAUGUUCCUGAAGUGGGAGAAGGAGCGAAUGCCGAACCAGAGCCAGAAGCGGUCCCUGUUAUAGAGCCUCAAGAGGCCCACGCUGCUGCUGCUCCUUUACCUGAGCCUCCUUCCAGAUUGGAAAGGCUUGUUCGCGUACUCGAAGUAGCCCCUCCCGGAGUUAUAGAUGAAGCGAAGGAUGGGCUACAGCGACUUCUGAGCCCUGACAUCCUACUGCCGGGCGCGUCCACCAGAGCUCAGGAGUACUUGAUGGUUCUUCGCCGCGAGCGAACAAUCACUGGGGCCGAGUUCACCGAGAUAUAUAAGCUGUUACAAAACCUUCCUGAGCGGAUCAAUGAAAGAACGACCUCGACCGCACAAGCUAGGCAAGCUCAGGCCCACUAUCGGGGCCUUGCACAACAGACAGAGACAUCUCGCGACUUCUUGGGCGAUAGAGCUAUCCUCGUCAGAGAUUUGUGGAUCACACAGAAUCAUCUUCGGACCCAAAUCCAAGAACUUCAAGCCCAAUUGACUGCGGUGACGGCCCGGCUUGAGCAUGAGGAACCUCUGCUAGAACAACCCCUAGCGGCUUUCGAAGCGAUGUCUCAAAACUUAGCUCAGGCUCGCGAAGCAGCCCGAUAAGCGGAGCGAGCUACUGCCGACGCUAGUUUUCGUCUGGAUGAACACUUCGCUUGACCCAUGCGGGCCGAAAACUUUAGGCCUCCUAUGUUUAGGCCAUUUUUGUUUUGUAUGAACAAUAUUAUAAUUAAUAUUUAAUAUUUGGCCCACUUUGCUUGGCCCAAAUAUUACUUUAAAUUCUCGUAGUUUAUCGCCUCUUUAUUAA